CUCCGUUAAGAACUAAGAACAAUUUCCCCUUGGGAUUUCUGGAGUUUACCCCCCAAAUAAGACAAUCUCCUUGUUUCAUUUCCCAUCCAAAAAUUUUCCAGAAUCAAUUUUCCGCAAGAAAAUUCCAAAAUUUUCCUGAAAUACUGGAAGAAAGUGCCGAUUCUGCCGAAACAGAAAUGGUUUAGUGAUCCUGAAACCCUAACCGGUCAGUGGAGGGAUGACGAUGAGGUCGAGCCCUGCGCCAUCUACGAGAUCACACCACCACCAGAGCAGUGAUUUCUCUCAGAUUCUCGAUGGAAGAAGGAGACCGAGUGAAGAUUUUUUCGGAGAAGAAGGAAAUGGAUCCGGAGAAUUUGAAUGUUAUAGAGUGGGGAGUUGUCGACCAAGAGCUCGCUAGGCUUUGCAGUCUUUCUUCAGCUCUCAACGAAACUAAGGAGAAGAAACGGAGUCUUCAGAGGAAGCUCGAGUCGCUCAUUCAGGUUGAAGCUGAGUCACUAAGCCGAUUAAAUGAGCUUGAGGAGAUGCAUGAGAAACUGGAGGCUAGAAAAAUGGUGAUGGUAAACUUGUCGAUGCAAUAUGUGAUUGUUGCGGAGAAGGCUAAAGAGCACGAGAAAGAGCUAAAUGUUCAAGUUAGGUCGCUAUUGGUUGAUGGGGCAGCCCUUUCUGUUGCUAGGAAGCGCUUGCAAGAAACAAACGACGUGUUUCCUGGAGGGAAGGAGUACAUUCGUCUUCCAAAUUUGCAGAAAAUGCUAAGAAUGAGACAACAGUAUAUGGUAUCUCAACUUUCACUGCUGUAUCCUGUAAAGAUCUCUGCAGGACCUAAACAGGAACAGGAGCUUGAAUCAUUUCCUAGCAGUAGCAAAUCAGGCAAUUUUGCCGGAUCGAAGCCCGUCAAUCCAGGAUCCUUGACAAUUUUGGGUCUACAUCUGACCAUGCUUCCUUUUAAAACGAUGAGUCUUUUCACAGACAAGAAGGAGGCUCAAAAGUCGUCAAGUGCUCUGGGAUAUGUUGCUCACGCAGUUUCACUUAUUGCUUUGUACUUGAAAGUUCCAUUACGUUACCCUGUGCACCUGGGUGGAUCUCGUUCACAUAUUAUUGAUUAUGCACCAUCAAUAGAGCCUUCACCGUCCGAUAUGUCAUCAAAUACAUCUCAAUCCACAAAAUUGAAGCACAUGGAAUUCCCCCUUUAUUUGGAUGGUCAAGACACAACGAGAGCUGCUUAUGCUGUAUUCUUACUGAACAAGGAUUUAGAGCAGCUUUUGAAUUUCAUUGGUGCCAAGAGUUUAGGACCACGACAUGUACUAGCUAAUUUGAAGGAGCUUGUAAUAGCUAUCCAAUCUGCAGAUUAUAUAGAUACGUGAAUUGAGUGUUUGAACAGCCACAGGAAUUGCUUAUAUUCUUACACUCUUACACAGGUGCAAAUUUUUAGUGGAGCACCUUUCCACAUAGCUCUCGUGUACUUUAUUGAUGCAAUCAUUGCAAAUUUGUCCCCUUGAGAAUAAUGGUUUUUUAGGUUUAAAAAAAAAAGAAUAUUAUUUCGUUUUGUUUUUGUUUUUGGUUUUUUUUCAGUUCCUUGUUAAAUACUUUGAAUUAUAUAUUUCUUCGUGAUGAAUUAACUGUAAUAAA